AUGCGGGCCGUUUUACUGUUCGUUUCGUUGGCGAUCCUCGCUUUCCUCGCCGUUCCAUCGACGCGUGCACACGCGAUCUUCCGCGACUCGCCAGAAGGCUUCGAACAGUACGAAUAUCGUCCGGAAGUCAGAGCGCGAAGAGGCAUCGAUCCCAUAGACGAAAACAUCGAUCCCGUCUACGGGGACGACGACGACGAUUGCGAUGACGAUGAUUCGGACUGUUUGAGAAAUAGACAGCGAAGAGGCAUCGAUCCCAUGGAGGAAAACAUCGAUCCCGUCUACGGGGACGACGACGACGAUUGCGAUGACGAUGAUUCGGACUGUUUGAGAAAUAGACAGCGAAGAGGCAUCGAUCCCAUGGAGGAAAACAUCGAUCCCGUCUACGGGGACGACGACGAUUGCGAUGACGAUGAUUCGGACUGUUUGAGAAAUAGACAGCGAAGAGGUGUCGAUCCCACGGAAGAAAACUUCGAUUCGCUCGACCAGGAGGAGGAGCAGGAGGAAGAUCCAGAUGCGGAAGCACGCGACGUAUCGUCGGCUCAUGUUGCGAUUACACCCGGCUACAAAGUUCGUCCUUGGCAAAGGUACACCGAUUGA